UGGCUCCAGCCGCUCGGAUCGAUCCGACGGUCGGGGCCUUCGGCCUUCGAGGGGCCGAUCGGCCAUGGAGAAGGAGCAGCUUCGGCUCUCCUGGAUGACCCAGUUCAACAAAGCCCAGCAGCACGACUCCUGGGGCCAAGUUGUGGAGGCGCAGGAGGACUAUGAGUCAAUGGCUGCCCAGAUUGCAGCGAAGCAGGGCUUGCCCUCCAUCACUUCCAAGGAGAAGGACGUGCUGCACCGCUUGGCGCUGUGCUUGGGCGCGCGGGCGCAGGCGCUGCGGACGAUGCACGAGAACAUCACCGUGACGGACAUGAAGAGCCUGCAGCCCAUUUUCGAGGUCCUCUUCACUGGCGCAGAGCCGGAUGUCUUUCCGGUGGAUGCAAGCAAAUAUCAGUUCGCCGCAUCCAUGAUCAAGCCCAGUACAGAGGGCGAAAUCAUUUGCGCUGAGGCUGAGGAGGAGGCCGCCACGGAUUGGCAUCAGCGCCAAGCCGUACUUCGCACCGUGCGCGGCACGGUGGUGUGCUUCCGGAUCGAGAAAAUCGGCCUCAAGGACGCCCAGGACUACAUAGACCCUUUCAUGACGGUUCUCGUCGCAGACUCGCGCGGCAAUACCCUGGAUUCUCGGGAUACGCAGCUCGCGAGCGAGAGGAGGGCCACACACGUGAUGUUCAAUCAGCAGGUCUACCUCAACGUGUCUUUAGAGGAUAUGGAGAGGUCGGGCGCGGCGAUUUUCUUCGAGUUCAAGCACUACAAGCCCAAAAAGAAGAAGGUCUCCACGAGGUGUUGGGCUUUCAUGGAGCUGGCCGAGCUGAAGCGGGAUGAGGAAAUGGUCCUAGAGAUCUACCACAAGCCCACAGAUUUGAAGAAGAAGAAGCUGAACCUCCACUCGGAGAAGCCGUUAUACCUUCACCUCUUUGCCACCUUCAUCAGCAACUGAGAGAGAAAAGCUGGGCGCCGUGGCUUCGGAUCUUUGGCACCAUUCAAGUCUCCGAAACGGAAGCCGGGCGCCUGUAAUGUUCAAAGCGACAUAGGCAGGACUCCGUCUCUCCGAAAUGCAUAGCCUCUGGCAGCCCGAAGUAUGGCCGGCAACCAGAGGGUGGCCCACGUGGGAAUAAAUCCCA